UCCCUGUAGAGUUGGAGUUUCUAGUGGUGUUCUCUGGCCCUUUCUAGUCUUUGUUGCUUUGGUCUUUUUUUUUUUUAAUCUUUUCUUCCCUUAGAGAGUCCCCCUUAAAAUUUCUUACAGGGCUGGUUUAGUAGUCACGAACCACUUUAAUUUUUGUUUGUGUGGGAAACUUUUUAUCUCUCCUUCUAUUUUGAAUGACAGCCUUGCUGGGUAAAGAAUUCUUGGCUGCAUAUUUUUCCAAUUUCACACAUUGAAUACAUCCUGCCACUCCUUUCUGGCUUGCCAAGUUUCUGUGGAUAGGUCUGCUGUGAACCUGGUCUGUCUUCCCUUGUAGGUUAAGGACUCUUUUUCCCUUUCUGCUUUCAUGAUUCUUUCUUGGCCUGAGUCUUUUGUGAAUUUGGCUAUGAUAUCCCUUGUUGAUGGACAGUUUUUGUUGAACCUAAUGGGAGUCCUCUGUGCUUUCUGGAUUUUAAUGUCUGUGUCUUUCCCCAGGUUAGGAAAGGUUUCCACUAUGAUUUGCUCACAUAACCGUUCUACCCCUUUUUCUCUCUCUUCAUCUUCUGGGACCCCUCUGAUUGUGAUGUAGUUCCUUUUUAAUGAGUCACUGAUUUCUCUAAUUCUUAAAUUGUGCUCUUUUGCCUUAGUCUCCCUCUUUUUUCUGCUUCAUUGUUCUCCAUAAGUUUUUCCUCUCUAUUGCUGAUUCGCUGCUCUACCUCAUUCAUCCUUGCUGCUGUGGCAUCCAUCAAGAUUGCAGCUCGGUUAUAGCAUUUUUUAUUUCAUUCUGACUAGCUUUUAUCUCCGCAGAAAGGGAUUCUAAUCUGUUUUCAAUCCCAGCUGGUAUUCUUAUUAUCAUGAUUCUAAAUUCUGGUUCAGACAUCUUGCUUGUAUCUGUGUUGAUUAAGUCCCUGGCUGUCCUUUCUUCCUGUUCUUUCUUUUGGGGUGAAUCCCUUCAUUUUGUAAUUUUGAAGGAAGAAAAGAAAUUAAUAAGGUAAAAAAGAUUAAAGUUAAAAAAUUAAGGACAACACAAAAAAAUCAAAUAAAGGAUGCUAAAUCCUAGGUGUGUCCUGAUUUGGUUGUUGAAAGGAGCUUGAUAGGUUAGAGAAAAAAAAGGGAAAGAAAAGAAAAGAAAAGAGGAAAAUGCUUGUAAAUUUGAAAAAAAAAUGAAUACAAUUAAAUUGAGUAAAAUGAAAUAAUGGAAGUAAAAAAUAAAAUUUGAAAAUUUUACAAAAAAGUAAAAAGAUAUAGUAGAAAAAAUUAAAGAAAAAUAUUUUUAAUAGAAUGGAAACUAAAAAUAAUUUUUUUUCUCUUUUUGUAUUCAAGAAUAAGAAAAGAAAAGAAAAAAAAAUUGGAUAGAUGGACCAGCAAAAAGACUGAAGUAUGAUUGAAAUUACGUCAGUUUCCCCUGGAAGUCGAACUAUGAAGCACUUUAUAAUCUGUAAACUAAGCAGGAUUUGUACCUGUAUCAAGAUGCUCUAAAGGAUAACAACUAUUCUUAGGAAUGUCUAAUAUUACAAAAUGAUGAAAACUAAUUCUAGCAUCUUCCAUUUUGCCAUCAUCUUCAUGUUAAUACUUGAGACCAAAAUCCAACUGACUGAUGAAAGUGAAUUUUUGGUUGACAGAUCAGAAUCAAGUCUCUUUCAUGUUCCCAAAAACCUAUCCCUGAAAACAACAAUCUUAAAUAUAUCACAAAACUAUAUAUCUGAGCUUCGGACUUCUGACAUCGUAUCACUAUCAAAGCUAAGGAUUUUGAUAGUUUCUCAUAACAGAAUUCAAUAUCUUGAUAUUAGUGUUUUCAAAUUCAACCAGGAAUUGGAAUAUUUGGAUUUGUCCCACAAUGAAUUGUGGAAGAUUUCUUGCUGUCCUACUGUGAAUCUCAAGCAUUUAGACCUCUCAUUUAAUGCAUUUGUUGGCCUACCCAUAUGCAAAGAGUUUGGCAAUAUGUCUCAACUAGAAUUUCUGGGGUUGAGCGCCACACAAUUACAAAAAUCUAGUGUGCUACCAAUUGCUUCUUUGCAUAUAAGUAAGGUUUUACUGGUCUUAGGAGACGCUUAUGGGGAAAAAGAAGACCCUGAGAGCCUUCAAAACUUUAAUAUAGAAAGUCUACACAUUAUUUUCCCCACAAGAAAAGAAUUCAGUUUUAUUUUGGAUGUAUCAGUCAGCACAGCAGUAAGUCUGGAACUUUCCAAUAUCAAAUGUGUGCUAGAUGAUAAUGGAUGUUCUUAUUUCCAAAAUGUUCUGUUAAAACUUCAGAACAACUCAAGGUUAUCAAAUCUUACUUUAAACAACAUUGAAACAACUUGGAAUUUUUUCAUUAUGAUCAUCCAGUUGGUUUGGCAUACAAGCAUAAAGUAUUUCUCAAUUUCAAAUGUAAAACUACAAGGUCACCUUAACUUCAGAGAUUUUGAUUAUUCGAACACUUCACUGAAGGCCUUCUCUAUACACCAAGUGGUCACUGAUGUGUUCAGUUUUCCACAAAGUUAUAUCUAUGAAAUCUUUUCAAAUAUGAACGUCCAAAAUUUCACAGUGUCUGGUACACAUAUGGUCCACAUGGUUUGUCCAUCCCAAAUUAGCACAUUUUUAUAUUUGGAUUUUUCUAAUAAUCUCUUAACAGACAUGGUUUUCAAAAACUGUGGAAACUUGGCUAAAUUGGAGACACUUAGUUUACAAAUGAAUCAAUUAAAAGAACUUGCAAGUAUAGUUUAUAUGACCAAAGAGAUGAAGUCUCUACAACAAUUGGAUGUUAGUCAGAAUUCUCUAAGGUAUGAUAAAAAUGAAGGAGAUUGCUCUUGGACUACAAGUUUAUUAAGUUUAAAUAUGUCUUCAAAUAUACUUACUGACUCUGUUUUCAGAUGUUUACCUCCUAAGGUCAAGGUACUUGAUCUUCACAAUAACCAAAUAAGAAGCAUUCCUAAACCAAUCAUGAAACUAGAAGCUUUGCAAGAACUCAAUGUUGCCUCCAAUUCCUUAGCCCACCUUCCUGACUGUGGAGCUUUCAGCAGCCUUUCUGUACUGAUCAUUGACCAUAAUUCAAUUUCCAACCCAUCAGCUGAUUUCUUCCACAGCUGCCAGAAGAUUAGGUCCAUAAGAGCAGGAAACAAUCCAUUCCAAUGCACCUGUGAGCUAAGAGAAUUUAUCCAGAAUAUAGGCCAAGUAUCAAGUGAAGUGGUAGAGGGUUGGCCUGAUUCUUAUAAGUGUGACUAUCCAGAAAGGUAUAAAGGAACCCCACUAAAGGACUUUCAUGUGUCUCAGUUAUCCUGCAACACAGCUCUGCUGCUUGUCACCAUUGGGGUCACUGUGCUGGUGUUGACUGUUACUGUGACUGCCCUCUGUAUGUACUUUGAUCUGCCCUGGUAUCUCAGGAUGGUGUGUCAGUGGACCCAGACCCGGCAUAGGGCAAGGAACCUACCCUUAGAAGAACUCCAAAGAACCCUUCAGUUCCACGCUUUUAUUUCAUAUAGUGGGCAUGAUUCUGUGUGGGUGAAGAGUGAAUUAUUACCAAACCUAGAAAAAGAAGACCUAAGGAUUUGUCUCCAUGAGAGAAACUUUGUUCCUGGCAAGAGCAUUGUGGAGAAUAUCAUCAACUGCAUUGAGAAAAGUUACAAGUCCAUUUUUGUUUUGUCUCCCAACUUUGUUCAGAGUGAAUGGUGUCAUUAUGAACUCUACUUUGCCCACCACAAUCUAUUUCAUGAAGCUUUUGAUAACUUAAUUUUGAUCUUGCUGGAGCCUAUUCCACAGUAUUCCAUUCCCAGCAGCUAUCACAAGCUCAAAAAUCUCAUGGCACGAAGGACUUAUUUGGAAUGGCCCAAGGAGAAGAGCAAACAUGGACUUUUUUGGGCUAACCUAAGAGCAGCUAUUAAUAUUAAAUUGAUGGAGCAAGCAAAAUAAAUAGAUCACACAUAGAUCAAAAAAUAUAUGUGUGCUGCUUUUGGAAAAAUGUUGCUGCUUUUGGAAGUUCCAACAAUGACUUUAUUUUCAUCAACACAAAUCUAAAUGCAAUUUUGAAUGUGUGAUGCAGAUAAACACAUGUACUUUCAGGCUCCAGUUCACCUUUACAUAUGGCAAUGAAAAUUAAUGAAAUAAUUUUAAACAGUUAAUGUCUAACACAUGAAGAACUCAUUUUUUCUUUUCUUCUCCCUCCCUUCCUUCCUUCCUUCCUUCCUUCCUUCCUUCCUUCCUUCCUUCCCUCCUUCCUUCUUUCCUUCCUUCUUUCCUUCCUUCCUUCCUUCCUUCCUUCCUCUAGCCCUGAAUUCAUUGAAUUUGUCAUGUAAUCAAGAGAAGUAGCUGUUUAAACAACUUUAGUUUCUAUAGCAGAUAUCUAUAGCUAUUGAUGCCCUUCUCAUUUCUACUCAGGUUUGCCCCUGCAUGUUGAAAGCUACUUAUUGCUAAUGCUGUAGGCUCUUUGCCUGAAGGAUUUUCUCCUGGCCAUGAUAAUCCACUUUGCUCACACAAAGGGCAAUUUAGAAAUGCUGGAUAUUUUUCUUGGAGGGAGUUCUCAACCAAUGUUAGGAGAACUGGCAGAUAAAUACCCCAAAUUUCUCACCCAUUUUGGGGAUAAAUCUGGGGUGUGCUUUAUACUAUCCCUGAGUUCCCCAGUAGGAUGGAAUUCUAAUUCUCCAUCGUAGAAACAGCUUAAUAAAUGUAUUUUUUAUUGGCUUCCUUUCUAUGCUUAUCUCAUAUCCUCAUUUCUUCAAGGGUGUUUCCUGAGAUCACCUCUGAAAUAAACUACUUGUAGUUGAAUAAUUGUCUCAGGGUCUGCAUUUGGAGGAACCCAAACUAAGAGUGAGUUACAUCUCAGGUCAAAUGGAAAUUCUGAGCCUGUUUUUUUUUUGUGGCUGGAUAUCUUGCUGAGAUUCUAGCUGCCUAACCUAGCAUGCACGGGUGACUUUACUCUUUUGAUCAGAAGGAGGAAUACAGUCCACGUGUACUGUUUCUAUACAUAGUAUUCUUGUCUUUAGGAACUAUUAAACUAGGGCAUGAACAGAUUAGAACAUUGCAAGGAAUGGGCCAUGUUAGAUAUGUUUUCUAGCACAAUUUUAUCAGAUUUUUUUUAAUAUUCAUGAGUAAUUCUCCCUGUCUAUCCUUUUAGUCUAACUGCUAGCUCUGGGCAAGUGUAGUCAGAGAGCAUCUUGUCAUAACUGCACCAUGUAUCUCUCAGUUUAUGCCCUGUGGCUUCAUUAAUAGCACUGCACAUGAUAUUUGUAGAAGCCUGUUAAACCAUUCUGAUAGAUGCGUAAACCGGGAAGUGCCAGAGAUAUACCUUGAGAUUUUUUGACCACUUAAGGGAUGGGACCUAUUAGAUAAAUAUUGCUGUCUUUUAUUCUUGGGUAAACAUAAUUAUAUUCUACACCAUUCCUCAAUGAGUUCCUGGUGGGACUGAGGCUUACUCACUCUGAGAUUUGCUUUUCUUUCUUCCUUGUUUCAUUCUUCUCAGUCUCCUCACUCUUGAGCCCUGAGACUACUUCUCCAAACAAAUGACCUGCACCCAAAGCUCUUAUCUCAGUCUCCACUUUUGGAAGAAUAAAUCAAAAUAACACUUACCUGUACUAGUUGCUUCUUGCCCUAAUUUACUUAAAGUCGAUAAGAGCAUAUUACAUAAAGCCAGAGAAGUAAAAUAAAAAUCAAUGAAGCAAAAAUAUAAAGUGGUAUUUCAGAACCAUUUAGAUUCUUAGAAGUGAAGGUUUUUUCACUGGGCACUGAAGGAAGACUUUAACUUUGGAUUUUUCAAAGUAUGAUGAUAAAGAAUGGAAAGGCCAUUCUAAAUAGAGAGAUGAAGAGAACAAAGAUAGGAAUACCCAGGCCUAUUUUGGGACUAGUGUCCCAAUUUGACUUGGUCAUGUAAUUUAUGAAAAACAACAGUGAGAUAUAAGCAUGAAAAGUUAGACUAAGAUCAUGUCAAAGAUCCUGAAAAGUUAAGCUAUGGAGUUAGAACUUAGGGAUAUAGAAAAGUCAUCAUUUAAAUUCCUAUGAGGUAUUAUAGCAGAAAGGAAACUAAAACCAUGAAAUAUAUGCUUAAAAAUGUAUAAAAGCUUUUGUUCUCUAAUGGAAAUUGCAACAGUUGUUAGGACUGAAAUUUUCUGUUUUCUCUAGGAUGAUUGCACUUCCUGUAUUGAACUUCAAGAUUUCAUAACCAAGCUUCAAUAGUCAGCACUAGUUGUGUAUUAGUUUGCUAGGGCUGGUGUAAAACAGUACUACAACCUGAGUGUCCUAACAAUAGAAAGGUACUGGCUCACAGUUCUGAAGGCUUGACGUCCAAUAUCAAGGUCUUGGCAGUGUUGGUUCCUUUCGAGGGGUGGGAGGGAAGGAUCUGUUUCAGGCCUCUUCUCCUUGGCUUAUAGAUGACCAUAUUUCUGUCUUUGUCUUCCCUCUAUGUCUGUCUGUUUCCAAACUCCCCCACACCUUUAAAAAAAAGAUUUUAUUUUUAAAUAAUCUCUACACCCAAUGUGGGGCUUAACUUACAAUCCUGAGAUCAUAUACUCUACUGACUGGGCCAGCCAGAUGCUCCAAAUUUCCCUUCUUUUAAAUAAGGAUGCCAAUAAUAUUGUAUUAGAGACCAUUCUAAUGACCUCAUCUUAACUAAUAACAUCUACAACAACCUUAUAUCCAAAUAAGGUCACGUUCUGAAAUACAGGGGUUUAAGCCUUCAACAAAUGAAUUUUGGGGAGCAAAAUUCAACCCAUUGCAUCUUGCAAGUAUAAAAAAUCCUUAAAGAGAGUAAUAGAGUCAGUUAAAGUUUAUCUAACAAAUUCAACAUUUUAAGAAUAACAGUUAUGUCAGUCCUGAAUAUAAAUAUGUGAUCUCAUAAAUAUUUUUAAGGGGGCUGCUAGAAGUUGAAAUUUUAUUGGUGGAAUCCAAAGAAUUCCAAGUUGGAAGAUGAAGAAUUCAGGUCAGGUCAAAGUAUGAACAAAUAUAUAGUAAUGAAAAUAAUAAAGAUUUCACAGGUAAAUGAGAAAAAAUAUUGCAGAAUGGGUAAAUAUUCAAGCACUGAUUCAGAACAUUUGGGUUUCAGUUCUAGCUCCGUUACUUCCACUGCUUACUUGCAAAGACCUUGAACAAUUUACUUAAACUUUCUAGGCCUAAAUUUCAUUAUUUGUAAAAUAUGCCCUUAGAGUACCUAGCCAAGACCUUUAGAUUUUGGUAUGAAUUAAAGACUGGUUACAAUAUGUGCCCCAACUGCACAGUUCACCUGGGCAAGGUUUCCAAAUGGUUCUAUUGAAGCCUUUUUCCUAGGAUUGAGGUAAGAGGGAGCACAUCUGAUCUCUUCUUCAGGAUAAAUAGAACUCAUAAUACACCCCAAACUCUCCAAAAAUCCUCUUCUAAUCUUUAACUCCUCUCAGACUCUCCAACCCCAUUUAUUGGCUAUAAGUCAGCAAAGGGUUACAAAACCAGUUAUCUAAUCUCACACUUCACUCCAGAAGCCUUAACCAAAUUGAGAUUAAAACAGUACCAUUUUUAUCAGCCUGUUAUACUAAUGAGAUUGCAGUCAAAUGGGCAUUUUAUAUAGUGAUAAUAGGAGGGCAAAGUUUUUGGGGAAUGUAUAUUAAGGGCUUUAAAAUAAUCAUGUUCUUUGACCUGUAAUUCUACUUCCAAAAAUCUAGUCUAAAGAAGUAAGUUAAAAUGUGGACAAAGUAUGUCAAUUGCAGAGUCAUUGUUAACAGUGAAAAAUUUGAAAAAUUCUAAAUUUCUAACAAUGGAGGAAUAUACUGUGUUUAGUAACAUAUUUUAUAAUCAUUAAAAAUAGUGUAUAGGGUUAAGAUGAUAAAUUUUGUGUUAUGUGUUUUUUACCACAAUUUGAAAAAAUAAUGUAUAGGAAGUUGUUUUUUUAUUAAUAGAGAAUGCUUAUAUUACAAUAUAAAUGCAAAACACAGGAUACAAAAUAUAUGUAUAUCAAGGUUUCAUAUGUUAAAAAUAUGCAGAGAAAGAGGACUAGAUGAAAAUAUACAAAACAUUAUCAUUGCUUACCUGUGUUUGGUGCUUAGUUUUGCUUUUAUACUUUUCUGUACUUGAAAAUUUAUAACCAACAAAAGGAAAUUACAUCAAAACUAAGUCUUAAUCAGCUCCCAGAUAGAAGGCAAGAAAACAAUCUGGGGAGAGACAGUGUGGAAACAACAAUCUGAAAAAUGUCCAGGGCACACAGAGGGGAGUUAUUCCCUAUUCUAGAAAUGCUCCUCUGAGAGGCAGCAUUCACAGAGCCUCUCCAGGAACAAAGGAGAUGACUGGUGCCAUUUCCCUACCCCGUCCCUCAGCAUAAACACAGAGCCACCUGGGGGAAGCAGCUCAGAGAGGACACUGACUGUCUAACUUGCUUACACCAAGGCCCGCCCCUCUGUGCUGUUGCAGGACUGUUCUCAGUUAGGCUUGCCUCAGUCCCAGUAGAGUGGGUCCCUUCCCCAGAGGACCAGCACAAACCUCUGCCCACACCAUAUCUCCUGACCAGAGAGUUCUGCAGGGCCUCAAUUCUGGUGGAGUUGGUGUCAGGUCUCAUUUCACAAGCAGACCAGAGCACAUUUAGAUAAUACUUGCCACAUUCAGGCCAAGGACCAAACAGUGCCCAUAGCAAGCAAGGAGAGCCUUUGCAGGUGACUGGCCUGAAGGAUGGAGCAGCCAACACACAAUAGCAGAGCACACACAGCACACACCAGAGACACUUCUUAAAGCACUAGGCCAUGGGCACUAUAUGACCUCUCCUUCACAAGGCCAUUACUUUCAUGAGCAGGAGACAGAACUCGUUUUUCUAAUACAGAGAAGAAGACAGAGAUUUAUUCAAAAUGCCAAGAUGGAGGAAUUUAUCCCAAAUAAAAUAACAAAAUAAGGCCACAGCCAGAGCUCUAAGUGAAACAUAUAUAAGUAACAUGUCUGAUGGAGAAUUUAAAGCAGUGAUGAUGAAGAUACUCACUGGGCCUGAGAAAAGAAUAUAAGACAUCAGUGAGACAUUUACCACAGAGAUAAAAGAGUUAAGAAAGAAUCAAUCAGAGAUGAAGAAUGCAAUAAAUAAGAUUGGAAAUAGGUUACUGCAAUGAACAGCAGACUGGAGAUAGCAAAGGAAUGAAUUAGUGACAAAGAAGACAAAAUAAUGGAAAAUAAUGAAGCUGAACAAAAAAGAGAAUGAAGAAUUAUGGAACAUCAGAAUAGAUAUAGGAAACUCAGUGACAUUGAUAUUACAGGAGUAUCCAAAAGAAAAAGAGAGAAAAGGGGGGAAGAAAAUUUGUUUGAGAAAAUAAUAGCUGAAAACUUCCCUAAUUUGGGGAAGGAAAUGGAGAUUCAGAUCCAGGAGACACAAAGAAUGCCCAUUAAAAUCAAUAAAAGCAGGCCAAAAAGAAGACAUAUUGUAAUUAAAUUUGCAAAAUAUAGUGAUACAGAAAUAAUUUUAAAAGCAGCAAGACAAAAGAAGUCCAUAAUUUAUAAGGGAAAAUCUGUAAGUCAAGCUGGAUAUUUCUCAACAGAAACUUGCAAGCAAGAAGGGAGUGGCAUGAUAUCUUCAAAGUGCUGAAUGGGAAAAGUCUGCAGCCAAGAAAGCUCUAUGCAGCAAGGCUAUCAUACAGAAUAGAAGGAGAGAUAAAGUUUCCCAGAAAAACAAAAAUUAAAGGAGUUUGUGACCACUAAACCAGCUCUGCAAGAAAUAUUAAAGAGGACUCUGAGCAUGAAGAAGAGACCAAAAGUGACAAAGACAAGAAAGGAUCAGAAAAAAUCUCCAGAAACAACAACAAAACAAGUAGUAAAAUGGGAAUAAACACAUAUCUAUCAAUAAUUACUUGGAAUGUAAAUGGACUAAAUGCUCCAAUCAAAAGACAUAGGGUGUCAGAAAGGACAAAAAAAAAAUGGCCUAUCUAUAUGCUGCCUACAAGAAACUCAUUUUAGACCUAAAGACAUGUACAGAUUGAAAGUGAGGGGGUGGGGCGCCUGGGUGGCUCAGGUGGUUAAACGUCUGACUUCGGCUCAGGUUACAAUCAUGCAGUUCGUGAGUUCGAGCCCCGCGUCAGGCUGUGUGCUGACAGUUCAGAGCCUGGAGUCUGCUUUGGAUUCUGUGUCUCCCUCUCUCUCUGCCCCUCCCCAGCUCACUAUCUGUCUCUCUCUCUCUCAAAAAUAAAUAAACGUUAAAAAAUAUUAAAACAAAAAAGGUGAGGGGGAGAAGAAACAUUUAACACUCAAUUGGUUGUCAAAAGAAAUCCAGAGUAGCAAUACUUAUAUUUGGACAAACUAGAGUUUAAAACAAAGACUGGGGGCACCUGGGUGACUCAGUCAGUUGAGCUUCCGACUUCGGCUCAGGUCAUGAUCUCACUGUCUGUGAGUUUGAGCCCCCCGUCAGGCUCUUUGCUGACAGCUCAGAGCCUGGAGCCUUCUUCGGAUUCUGUGUCUCCCUCUCUCUCUGACCCUCCCCCAUUCAUGCUCUGUCUCUCUCUGUCUCAAAAAUAAACAUUUAAAAAAAUUUAAAAAAAAAGCAAAGACUGUAACAGGAGACAAAGAAGGGCAUUACAUAAUCAUAAAGGGGACAAUCCAACAAGAAGAUAAAACAAUUGUAGAUAUUUAUGCACCCAACAUGAAGCACCUAUAUAUAUAAAACAUUAACAAAGGAACUAAAUGAUAAUAACACAAUAAUAAUAGAGGACUUUAACACCCCACUUACAUGAAUGGACAGAUCAUCCAUAUAGAAAAUCAACAAGGAAACAAUGGCAUUGAAUGACACACUGGACCAGAUGGACAUAACAUAUAUUCAGAACAUUCCAUCCUAAAACAGCAGAAUACACAUUAUUUUCAUAUACAUAUAGACCAUUCUCCAGAAUAGAUCACAUAUUAGGUCACAAAACAGGCCUCAACAAACACAAAAAUAUUGAAAUCAUACCAUGCAUCUUUUUGGACCACAACACUAUGAAACUAGAAGUCAACCACAAGAAAAAAUCUAGGAAGACCACAAAUACAUGGAAGUUAAAUAACAUGCUAGUAAACAAUGAAUGGGUCAACCAGGAAACCAAAGAAGAAAUUUUAAAAAUACAUGGAAACAAAUAGAAAUUAAAACACAACAGUUCAUAAUCUUUGGGAUGUAACAAAAGUGGUCUUAAGAGGAAAGUAUAUAGCAAUACAGGCCUAUAUCAGGAAGCAAGAAAAAUCUCAAGUAAACAACCUAACCUUACACCAAAAGAAGCUAGAAAAAGAACAACAAAUUAAGCUUAAAGCCAGAAGAAGGAAGGGAAUAAUAAAGAAUUGAGCAGAAAUAAAUAAUAUAGAAACUAAAAAAACACAAUAGAACAUAACGAUGAAACCCUGGAGCUGGUUCUUUGAAUCAAAAUCAAUAAAAUUUAUAAACCUCUAGCCAGACUUAUCAAAAAGAAAAGAAAAAGGACCUAGAUAAAUGAAAUCACAACUGAGAGAGGAGAAAUAACAACCAACACCACAGAAAUACAAUUAUAAGAGAAUAUUAUGAAAAACUAUAUGCCUACAUUUUGGACAACCUGGAAGAAAUCGACAAAUUCCUAGAAACAUAUAAACUACCAAAACUGGGGGUGUCUGGAUGGCUCAAUCGGUUGAGCAGCCGACUUCUGCUCAGGUCAUGAUCUUGCCGUUUACCAGCUUGAGCCCCACAUAAGGCUAUGUGCUGACAGCUCAGAGCCUGAAGCUUGCUUUGGCUUCUGUGUCUCCCUCUCUCUGCCCCAUCCCCUGCUUGCCUGCUUGCACUCUGUCUCUAAAAUAAAUAAACAUUUAAAAAAUUUAAUUAGUAAUAAUAGUAAGAAUAAUAAAAACCCCGACAAACAAAAGUCCAGGGCCAGAUGGCUUCACAGGAAGAGUAAAUACUUCUCAAACUGUUCCAAAAAAUAGAGAAGGGAG